GGAAUUCAGAAUGAGUAAUCUUGAAUCCCAAGUCUCCAAUAUGACAACUGCUCCAGAAGAUUUUCAUUGUAUUGAACUGGAAAAAUAUAAACACUUCUAUCAAUUAGAGUUAGAAGACAGAAAAUACUUGCCAAAGAAACUAAAAAUAGCUACUGAGAGGCCAGCAGCGUUCAGUAGCAGUCUUGUUGCAGAGACACAGGAGACCAGAAGUUUCUCUGGCCCUUGUACAAUGAGCACAGAGUCAGCUUCUGCUGGAACUGUUGUUGAUGGGUUAGGUCUUCACAGAGAAUUUCCUGGAAGAGAAUACUCACUGUUUUCUUCUUCCUGCCCAUGGACUUUAGAUACCAGCUUGAAGAAUAACUUGAGUGAGAUGCAGCAGGAGUUGGAAGAAAUAACUGUAGGACUAGAAGUAGGUGCUGCUGGAUACAGUCCUCUAGAAGAGUUUCUCCUCUAGGAUACAUUAAUGAGUCAAGUCUAAAUGAAUAUAUUCUUUGGAAGGCAUCUCAACAAUAUAUGCCAAUUUUUUUUUAAAUUAUAUGAUGUGAAAGACUUUUAAUUGGAUCUUGCCAAUGAAAGCCAAUUUUAUAUCCUCAAA